GGAAUAGCAUUACAGCAACAGUGUGUUUUCACACACGUUCAGUUGCUGACAAGAGGCGAGACCAGUUGAACAGCUAACAUGUCAGUGGAACUGGAAGGCAACAUUUUAGUAACUGGGGCCAACAGAGGCAUUGGUUUAGAGCUGAUCAAACAGCUGGCAGUGAAGACGGGAGGAGAGGCUCACAUUUAUGCCUGUUGCAGAGAGCCUGAAGGACCUGGUGCUGAGGCACUGAGAGAGGUCGCCACUAAAUGCCCAGGAAAGAUAACAAUUAUCAAACUAGAUGUGGCAGAUGAGGACAGUAUGUCAACUGCAGCCCGGACUGUCAGUGAGAAGAUCGCAGCUGGUGGGUUGAACCUUCUCAUCAACAAUGCUGCUAUCAACAAACCGGCCUCACCAGCUCCACUAUCCACCACCACGAAAAAGGACAUGAUGGACGUGUAUGAAACCAAUGUGGUUGGACCGUUUGUCCUUGCAAAGGUGUUGCUGCCACUCCUGCAAAGAGCAGCAGAGAAGGACUCAUCAGCAAAGGACAAUGGUAACAAAAUGUCCUGCAGGAGGGCAGCCAUCAUUAACCUCUCCACCAUGGUUUCUUCCAUUGAGAAAUGUCCAGAGACCUUCUCAACAGCACAGAUGUACCCUUAUAGAACCAGUAAGGCAGCACUGAACAUGCUGACUCGCUGUCAAGCUUUGGACUUUAAGAGCCACAACAUACUGGUGGCAGCCAUCCAUCCAGGCUGGGUUCGCACUGAAAUGGGAGGAGCAGAGGCUCCUCUGUCUACCCAGGACAGCACACUUGCUCUACUCCGUGUGAUCUCAUCACUUAGCAACAAAGACAGUGGGAUGCUUCUGGACUGGGGGGGCAACGUGAUCCCCUGGUAGUGUCCACCAUGGCAAACACACCCAACCCAGGCAGUCCAGAUUCUACAAUGCAUCAUUCAGCAGGGGUUAAUUUUCUGCAGAAGAAACUGCAUUCUUGUCAUCUGAAAUGUAAUACUUGCACUUGUUUGGUUCUAAAUACUUACUAAAGAUAGCUUGUGGAAAUAAUAAAAUUUAAUAAAAAAGCUUCACUAGCAUA